ACUAGUUCCCGGGUGGAUUGGUUAAUGUCGUUUUAUUUGAAGUGAACGCUGCAACUUAAUGUCAGCAUGGACUCCGAUAUAAUGGACUUUUUCGAUUUUUCAAAGGAAUUCAAGCGAGGGAACGCUUUACAAGGGUGUAUAACUGGCGAUCCCAAAAUUCUAGCCGUGGAGACUAAAGACUCCAAUCCGAUCAAACGCAAAAUGGUUGGCACGGAUUAUGUGAAUGAAAUCGCCGAGAAAGAAAAAGAACUCAUGAAGAAAUUGGAUGGUAACAAGAACAACUUCUCAAUGCGCAAUAAAACACUUAAUGAUUUGGAUAGUGACGACGAUGACGGCGAAAUGGAAGAGCAGCCUCGCGUGCGCUCUGAUGAAGCCUACUAUGAGAAAUAUCACUUCGAUUUAAAUCGGGACAAGAAUUUGCCCAUAUAUGCACAUUGUGGAGAAAUUAUGGCCGCCAUUAAUGAUAAUCCGGUGGUUAUAUUAAAAGGAGAGACGGGCUGUGGUAAAACUACACAGGUGCCGCAGUACAUAUUGGAUGAAGCUUUCAAGAGGCGCGAGUUCUGUAAAAUUGUUGUAACACAGCCACGACGUAUCGCUGCCAUAUCGAUUGCCAAUCGUGUUUGCCAGGAACGGCAAUGGCAACCAGGAACUGUGUGUGGAUAUCAAGUUGGCCUACACCGUCCCGCUAAUAUGGAGGACACUCGCUUAUUGUAUUGUACCACAGGUGUAUUGUUGAAUAAUCUCAUUAAUCAAAAGACACUCACACACUACACUCACAUUAUCUUGGAUGAGGUACAUGAGCGGGAUGAGGACAUGGACUUUUUGUUGAUUGUUGUACGCCGACUGCUGGCACUGAAUUCUCGUCAUGUCAAAGUCAUCCUGAUGUCUGCCACUAUUGAUGCUAACGAGUUUUGCAAGUAUUUUGCUAGCACUUCAUGGAUACCACCCGUGGUUACUGCUAGUCAUGGCCGCAAAUAUCCGCUAGUUAAAUACUAUAGAGAUCAGUUCAAGAAUAUUCAUUGCAAGGAUGAGCCCCAACAGCGGGAACCAGGUAUAUCACCAGAUCGCUAUGGCGAUGCCAUUAAAAUACUUUUGGUGAUUGACAACAUGGAACGCAAGGCGGUUGGGACAUCCCGACAAACCUAUGAGGAGUCGAAGCGCACGGGAGCAGUGCUCAUUUUUUUGCCAGGCAUCCAUGAGAUUGAUACUAUGGCUGAGCAUAUUAAACAAGUAAUGGGAGAAAAUCCCAGUACUGAAAUUACAAUUGUGCGAUGCCAUUCGUUGUUGUCGCCCGAGGCUCAAGCAGAAGUCUUUCAACCACCUCCCGUUGGCCAUCGCAAGGUGAUACUGACUACAAAUAUUUCGGAAAGCUCUAUAACCGUGCCAGAUGUAUCCUAUGUCAUUGACUUUUGCCUAACCAAAGUGCUACAUACCAAUUCUGCAUCGAAUUUUAAAAGCCUUCGCUUGGAGUGGGCCUCCAAAGUGAAUUGUCGCCAACGAGCUGGACGUGUUGGACGUCUACGAAGUGGUCGUGUUUAUCGUAUGGUCACAAAGGACUUUUAUUUAAAUGAAAUGAAAGAGUUUGGAGUCCCCGAGAUGCUUCGAUCGCCACUUGAGAAUUCGAUACUAAAAGCCAAGGAACUUGACAUGGGUAGCCCAACUGAAAUUCUGGCCCUAGCGAUGUCGCCACCAAAUCUAUUCGACAUACACAACACGGUCCUCUUGCUGAAGGAGGUUGGAGCCCUUUUUACUACGGUUGAUGGAGUUUACGAGGAUCUCGACGGCGAUAUCACCCAUUGGGGUCGCAUUAUGACACGUCUCCCCCUAGACGUGCGUUUGAGCCGCCUUAUUAUACUUGGUUACGUAUUUAAUUGCCUCGACGAGGCUAUUAUCAUGGCUGCUGGAAUGUCUGUUCGUGGAUUGUUUCUCACUGAAAGACGAGGACAAAAUGAAGCUUUUUGGAUGCGCUACGCUUUCUCCGAUGGUUCUGGGUCGGACAUGAUUGCUGUAUAUCGCAUGUACAAAAUGUAUCUGAACAUAUGUCAGGACAGAAUGCAAAAGGAUUCGGAACACCAAUGGGCUCGGCGGUUUUGUGUUUGUUUGCGUUCUCUUCGAGAGAUGCAUUUGAUGGUACAAGACCUGCAGCAACGCUGUACUUCUAUGUAUCUACAAAACAUGCCAUCUAGUGCUUGCAAGUCUUGGAAUGAUCAUGAAAAAGCCAUAGUUUUGAAAGUAAUCAUUGCCGGCGCAUUUUAUCCCAAUUAUUUCAUGCGCGCCGAUAAAGCAAACGAGGACUACGAUAGCAACAUAUACCGAGCUACUAAUGGCAACGAUCCUUGUCGCACUGUCUACUUUACUAAAUUUGAGCCACGGUAUAUGGGUGAAUUAUAUACUCGACGGAUUAAGGAAUUAUUUUUAGAGGCAAAAAUUCCGGCCAAGAAAAUGGAUGUUACAUUUUCGCAUGGUUCUGAAAAGAUAUUUGUAACAUUCAAAGAGGAUGACGAUGAAUAUAAUUACAUGAAUCCCAUUCAUGUGCCGGGACGCGUCGCGACCGAGGUUUACAAGGCUGUUAGAAUGCGUCUAAAUAAUGCAUAUCGCCCUCUUCACGUAAUAGAAAAAACCAGUGCUCUUAAGUAUGUUGAACAACACGGGAUUGGAGUUGUCAGUGACAGCACCUGGGUGCCACCAUGCAAGAAAUGGAAUGUUGAGCUACUUCCUCUACCAUCUGUCUUUGACAAGAUUGUGGCAGGCAAAAUAUCGCAUAUUGUAAAUUGUAGCAAGUUUUACUUUCAACCAAAUGAACUGUUGGAUCGCAUCGACAGCAUGACUGAACUAAUUAAUUCACCACAGCACCUUAGCUGUCAUGUGAAGAAUCCAAGCAUUAUUACAACGGGCCUGGAGCUUCUGGCAAUGCAUAAGCAACACUAUCAGCGCGCAACUGUCAUCAGGGUCGAAACUCAAGCAAAUGGGUAUCCAAAGUUUAGUGUGCGCUUCAUUGAUUACGGUAAUACAGCAUUAUUGGCUAUAGAUCAGCUGCGAAUGAUGCCAUAUGAGCUGAAAUAUAAAUUAGAUCAACUGCCACCGCGUAUGCUUGAAUGCCGGCUGGCUUUGAUACAGCCAUCGUCAUUGGUUAGCAACUAUAACCGUUGGGAUAAUGAGGCAGUCGAAAUGUUGACUACAGUAUCAAAGCGCGGAACUAUUGAAUUGGAGAUAUACUCAUUGGUCAACAACGUCGCUGCUGUAUUACUGCAUAUGCGUGAUGGACUACUCAAUGACAAACUUGUGGAACGACAAUUGGCUCGUCGAGCAGAUGAAGAUUAUAUGUCGCGUAAGGAUCAUGACUUUCGCAUAAGCAAGCAAGAGGUUGCGUGCCAUGAAAGCCAUACGGAAAAACAUCACAUCAACGAGGAUUAUUUACGUUCGGUUCAGAACCCAACUGACCAAAACUUGAAGCCACCGCCUCUGGAUAAAUGCAAUCAAACUAUAAUGCUUAAAGGGCCAUUCAGUCCACUUGAAACAUCUAUGUGUUCAAUGCUACGCGUCGGCUUAUUUAAGACUGUGGUUAUUGAGCGAGAAUCAGUUAAUGGUGUUCUUCUAGAUUCCGACCCACAAGAUCGCCAUAAUCAAAUGGUGGUGGCAGCGUCCGUCAGUGAAACCGAUGGUGAUAAGUUGACUGCUCGAGGCACUACUCUUAUGCCAAAUAUUCACGGCUUUUCUGCAUUGAUGACUUUGCUCUUUUGUCCCACCAUGCAAAUCAAAUGCAAUAAGGAACGAACGAAAUAUGUGUGUAUUUUAGCUGGACUUGGCUUUAAUCCAAAAACUAUGCAAUCUCAUUUUGAAGAGCACGACAUGGUCGUUAAUUUGGAUGUCGCAGUUCUUGAGGACGAUAUUCGUAUUAUCAAUCAAAUGCGUUACAAUAUCGACAUGUUGUUCUUCCACAGCGACCCUAAUCAACUGCCCACCGCUACAGAUGAGGGUCGUGCUACUAUUUUUAAUCAACUGCAAUCUUUGCUUACAGGGGUUCUGAACAAAGAUCGGAGUUUUAUUGAACGUAACCUGUCAAAUUCUGAUCAUGUUUGGGAGGACAUGUCUGAUUUGGAACCUGCCGCCGAACCGCUUGGCAAGCGAGCCAUAUUGCCUAUACAUUGCUAUUACGAACUCGAAAUCGAGAAUAUGAGUAACUUGUUGGCCUUACAAGCGAAUUGCAAACAACUUUACGAGUGGCGCAACUUUCGAAGAGAUAUGUCAAUGCUGCAAUGCAAAUUGUGUAACGUAAUGUUAGAAAGCGUCACCCAAUUGCGCUUGCACUUGCUUACACAACUACAUCGCGAUCGGGAAAAGCAGAUCGGAUGGAAACCUCUGUAAAAUGCAGUUUAUUAUUCGUCCAUUAUAGACCUUUGUAUAAUUUAAAUCACGAUCUGACCUAAAAAUGUGCCUUCAAGAAUUAAAGCAGUUUUAUUGAAAAA